CAAACACAGCUGGACUCCAUAUUUAUGCUGCUGGAGGACAACAUCAUCACUUUUGUGAAGAAUGAACUGAAGAAGAUCCAGAAGGUUCUGAGUCCAGAUUACCCAGAAUGCUUAGAGAGUCAGGAGGAUGAUGAACUGUUGAAGAGUGAGGAUAAAGAGCAGAAGAGAAGCAGAGAGGCUUUUGUGAAUCUCACACUGAACUUCCUGAGGAGAAUGAAGCAGGAGGAGCUGGCUGACCGUCUGGAAAGCAAAAUUCCUGUCACAUGUCAGCACAAACUUAAAUCUGCUCUGAAGAAGAAGUUCCAGUGUGUGUUUGAGGGGAUCACUAAAGCAGGAAACCCAACCCUUCUGAAUCAGAUCUACAAAAUCAGAGGAUUCACUGACCCACAGAAGGAGGAGUACUUCAGGAAGAGAUUCAGGGAUAAGAAGCAGAGUGCUGUGAACAAGGCUUUACAGAGUUCAAAUGGACACCUGGACUUGUUCCUCCGUUUCCUCCUGGGUCUUUCACUGCAGACCAAUCAGUCUCUCCUACAAGGCCUGUUGAAUGAUGGAAUUAUUUCAGAGACCAAUCAGGAAACAAUUAAUUACAUCAAGAAGAAGCUCAAUGAGAAUCUGUCUGCAGAGAAAAGCAUCAACCUGCUCCACUGUCUGAAUGAACUGAAUGAUCGUUCUCUAGUGGAGGAGAUCCAAAAGUCCUUAAGAUCAGGACGCCUUUCCAAGGAUAAACUGUCUCCUGCUCAGUGGUCAGCUCUGGUCUUCAUCUUACUGUUAUCAGAAGAAGAUCUGGAUGUGUUUGACCUGAAGAAAUACUCUGCUUCAGAGGAGGCUCUGCUGAGGCUGCUGCCAGUGGUCAAAGUCUCCAACAAAGCUCUACUGACUGGCUGUAACCUCUCAAAGAGAAGCUGUGAAAUGCUGUCCUCAGUUCUCUGUUCCCAGUCCUCUAGUCUGAGAGAGCUGGACCUGAGUGGCAAUGAUCUGCAGGACUCAGGAGUGAAAGUGUUGUGUUCUGGACUGGAAGCUCAACACUGUAACCUGGAAGCACUCAGGCUGUCAGGCUGCCUGAUCACAGAAGAAGGUUGUAAGUCUCUGGUCUCAGCUUUUUUGAGAGAGCUGGACCUGAGCAAUAAUGACCUGAAGGAGUCAGGAGUGAAAAAGUUGAAGACUCCAGACUGUACAAUUAUCAGUGACUCUCUGAGGACUUGA